AAUAAUUUACUAAGUGGGAAGAUCCAAGCAUCAAUCCUUGUCCUGACUAAAUGUUUUUCCAUUUACGAUACGUAGAAUGUUAAUCCUGGGUGUUCAUUUGUUUUCAGUGAAAUGUAUUAUUUUGUGGUGUCAAGUCUUUUUCACUCUUUCUUUUACAGAUCAGACCCCAUUGACAUACAAUGGCAAGCGCUGCCUGGAUAGAUCUUCGCUAUGGAUGAAGCUUGGAAAGGCCGAUCAAUUCCAAUUGACUGCCCUAUAACGUCCUGGCAAUGUGGAGAGCCCCCAGAGGCACUGAAUCCCCAGUGCAGAAUGAUCCAGGCUGGAGAAUGCCUAACACCCCUACUUCAGGAGUUAAACAGCUACGCAUAAGAACAAUCGGACGAGCGAUCUGUGACGAAAUAAUUUGUCUGGAUUCCAGACUUCCUAGCUAGGGACUUUCUGAAAAAUUUCUCCUGGUUUCUGUGACAUUUAAGACCUUUCAAAGUUUUGGACAAGGUAAAAUCACCUUCCUCUCAAGCUGCGGAGAGGUGGGAGUAGUCGCCCAUGUGUAGCAGGACAGUAACUGCUGCUAGCGGAAUAACGUAGCCUCAGACUGUCUGGGGUUCCUCUCGACGGGACGGGGGAUCCCACCGCUACCACCAAGCCCCAGUCUGCCUCACCGAGUGACUCCACUCACGUCAAAAGGCAGGCCCUCUAUCCAAUGGCAUGGGUAAAGUUCUUCAGGAAGCCGGGGGGCAAUCUCGCCAAGUCCUACCAGCCGGGAAGCAUGCUGUCUCUAGCCCCCACCAAAGGCCUGCUGAACGAGCCGGGGCAGAACAGCUGCUUUCUCAACAGUGCGGUGCAGGUACUGUGGCAUCUGGACAUCUUCAGACGCAGUCUGAGGCAGCUUCCUGGACACUUCUGUCUCGGAGACUCAUGUAUCUUCUGUGCGUUGAAGGGCAUCUUCUCCCAGUUCCAGCACAGUCGGGAGCGCGCCCUGCCCUCAGACAACCUGCGUCACGCCCUGGCCGAGACUUUUAAGGAUGAGCACCGCUUUCAGCUGGGCUUCAUGGACGAUGCUGCCGAGUGCUUCGAGAAUAUUCUGGAGAGGAUCCACCUGCAUAUUGUGCCUGAGGAGACCGAUGCCUGCACCUCCAAGUCCUGCAUCACACACCAGAAGUUUGCCAUGACACUCUAUGAACAGUCUGUCUGCCGUAGCUGUGGGGCAUCCUCCGACCCCCUGCCCUUCACUGAGCUAGUGCAUUAUGUCUCCACCACUGCCCUCUGUCAACAGGUGUAUCAGAGGCGGGAUGAGUCAUUUGGAGAGCUGCUGCAAGCGGCCAGUACCAUCGGGGAUUCCCGUAACUGUCCGAGUAACUGUGGCCAGAGGAUCAAGAUCCGCCGCGUCCUCAUGAACUCUCCAGAGAUAGUCACCAUCGGUUUCGUGUGGGACUCGGACCAGUCGGACCUCACAGAGGACGUCAUUCGCUCGCUGGGGCCACACCUCAACCUUUCCGGGCUCUUCUACCGGGUGACAGACGAGCACGCCAAAAAGGGAGAGUUGCUCUUGGUUGGGAUGAUCUGUUACUCCAGCCGCCACUACUGUGCCUUCGCCUUCCACACCAAAUCCGCCAAAUGGGUCUUCUUCGACGACGCCACCGUCAAAGAGAUUGGGACCCGGUGGAAAGACGUGGCCACCAAAUGCAUCAAAGGCCACUUCCAGCCCCUCCUCCUAUUCUACUCCAACCCAGACGGCAGCGCCAUCUCCGUAGACGACGCCUCGCGCCAGAACUGCGAUCACUCGCGCUACAAGGCCCCCGUCAACGGAGACGUCCAAGCGCCUGAGUCUACAGUUCCAGGCCCCAAAAAGCUGGACCUGACCAGGGAGAACCUGAAUGCCCUGCUGGGCCUUGGCGGCUUGAAACAGAAGAGCCAGAACCCCUCUACCCAUAGUUCCACCUUUACCAGGGGCAGCGGCCAGACUAGCGGGGGCCGAGGACCAGUGACACUGGGCACCAGUGAUCCUAAGAGCCGUCUGAAGGACAUCUCCAGAGAAGUGGCCCAGAAGGCAGGGGAAAUCCAGGGGGUGCACCCCUCCAGGAGAGACCAGGACAAGAUGGAGAGGAGGAGACAGGAUGCCCACUACAGAGAUCCAAUCCCAGAGAGGUACUCACGCUCCGCCUCCCCACCGGAGAAUGGCUUCAAGCAGUACCUGGAUACGCACCUGUACGCCAGCCAGGGCAAAGGGCCCACCAAGACAGAGAGGACCCCCCACUUUGGUGGCAGGUCCUCCUCACACGAGGGGCCUCCUCGCUCCCACUCCAGGGUCCAGGUACAACCAGCCCCUCCCAGCAGUAGGGGCUUCGGUGGCGGCCAUUACAGCCGGAGACUGGAGCAGCUCUCCAACGGCUAUGACACAGACAGCAGCCGGGAGGGCAGCCGUAAUGACAACUCCAGCUCCAGCAGCAGCAGUAGUAGCAGCAGGCCCAGUCGGCCAUGGAAGCCCAUGCGUGAGGUGCUAAACGUGGAUAGUGUGAUAAGCGGUGGUAGUGGUGGUGGUGGAGGGGGUCACGAGCGCCGGCAGCACAGCCCCCACCGGAGACCUUCCAGCCAGGAGAGGACGUCACACCCCAACGAAAAAGACAGGGACCGGGACUUCACAUGGGGUGGGCGUGAAGAGCACAAGCCCAAGAGCCUGAUGACCAUCUAUGAGGAUGAGCAGCGUCCUGAAACGGGCGGCAGCCGCAGUUCGGUGGAGUCGGAGGGCAAGGACAGGUCAAAGGGCACCACUGUGAUGGCAGACACACUAAAGGUGCGCAGCGACAACUGGAAGAUCCAGCGCACAGAGUCAGGAUACGAGAGCAGCGAGCGGCUUAGCAACGGCUCGGCCAACCUGGACUCACCCGUGGUGGAGAACUUUAUGUCCAAAGAGCUGAGGCCCAUACCUGAGGUACACCUGACAAGGGACCCUUUCUCUCACCGGAGAGGUGACGACUCCAAGGCCCACAUCUUGCACUCCUCCUUCUCCUAUGGUGAACACCCAACAAAGUCUCCAGACCUGCAAGAUGCACAUCUCAAAUUGAGUCCAAGAUUACAAAGAAGACGAGCUUUCCGAUAUACGCCUGGAAUUCUGGAGAGGAGGGACGGUAUGGAUGAUGAGCAGGAGGAUAAGGUCGAUGGCAGCCCCAGCCCGGUCAGCCCCUUUCCCCCAUACCUGGCCAAGACCAGCAGCUCUGAGUGGAACAGCUCCGACAACCUCACCGGGCCCUUCUCCGAACAGGAAGAGACCAGGCCACUGGUCCCCAGAGAACCCUCCCCCCAACCUCAUUACCAUAACCUAGCCCCGCCUCUCCCCCCAAAGACUUACGCCCACCGAUCGACAGACCAGUCAGGCUUCCGCGCUCACCAGCUCCAAGAGCCCUCCCGGACGAGCCCCCGGAACGAGAGCAAAAAUGGUCCGAUCCCGUCCCUCUCCCACACCACCCUCCACAGGUGGAUCGAGACGCCCCCCGAGCACAAGCUCUCGUCUGAUGCAAGCUCCAAGUCAGGCUCGUCGGACCAGGACCGGAACGAUCUGUCGGCCAGUGAGAGUGGAGAGGAGAGGUUCCCCAGCCCACGGCCAGGGGACGACAUGGAUGACCUAGACUCCCCGAUCGCACGGGGGAUGGUUCUCCCCAUGGUCCUCCCCACCACAUACUUCUCUGUGGACAACUGUAUGACGGACACAUACCGGGCCAAGUACCACCAGAGGUCCACCCUAUACACGGACACUAAAUGUGGGGAACAACACGCGUCGUCUGGUGAGAGCGACCUGGGAGAUGGGUGGCUCCCCAUCCCUGAGGCCCAACCUGCAGAGCCCCCCAAGAGCCGGCCUGAAUUAGGUUACUCCACCAGUAAACAUACUGCAAAAUGGAAUCCUGUAACACCCAAAGGACUUGAUGAACAUGGGUUUCUAUGAUAGAAACUCCUGUUGAAGGGCCUGGUACGAAAGCCACAGUUAAAACAAUCAUCUCCUCCUACAAGUUUUGAAACCUUCUUACGGUGAUGCUUAUUUGUACAGAUCUCAUAUCAGAAGUCAAACAUGAAUCUGGAAUGCCAAAGAGAUUGGUAACUCCCAAAGGCAGUAACAACUAGUCUGAAGAGUACUUUUCAGUUCAGCAGUAGUCACAGGAGUCUUGCGCCACCCCUGCAGAACAGUCUUUCUGCAGAGCAAUCUUAGUACCAUUGUGAUUGUGGCCACUAGAUGGCAGCUGCAGUAAUUGUGGAUUUGCACAGUAGAAAGCCCCAAAAACUACCGAAAGAGGAUCUAAACCUAGGAUGGUUAUUGGUCAACGCAGGGACCUCCUCGAACUUACUUCCAAGGUCAUCCACUGAGUUGAAUCACAGAAUGUCUCCCACAAAGCCACUUUUCCCCUGAAGAGAUUAUCAAAUAAUAUACCCGUAACAAUGACAAUAACCCGUCUCUAACCCAUUUACAAUUUACGCAGAUAAUCAUUGGAAUGUGCUUGUAUUUCUUUCUGGAAUUAUGCUAAUUUAAGUGUUAUACGGUUACUGUGCUACUUCUGCCUAUGUAACAAUGCACAGGGUGAGGUAAAUAAGCCUUGAGCAGGUUUUUAGUUUUUGGCUUCAGUGUGGAUUCAUUCAUGGAAUAAGAUUUUUCAGUUUGUGGACACUAGGGCUGGCACAAUUACCGUUUAACUAUGUGACCAACGGUUAUGGAUUAAGACUGUCAUGAUAAUAAAAUAACCUUCAUAACUGUAAAAAAAAAAAUAUAUACAUUUGCAAACGAACAGAAGAUGGGACGGCUGGGCAUUGGUGCAGUUGAGUCCCUUUCUAUGGUAAUAUGGACUCUUAACAACGUGAUGAAACUUGGUUGCUCCUUGCUGAAACAAGUAAGGUGGUGCCUAUGCAACGCAGCACACAUAGAAAUAGAAUGAAUAGACCAGGCUUGGAACCUCUAAUCCUGGCAAUUUGACUGGUAAGCUCAUGGGUACACUCAAUGGCUGCCUGGUAUUGUGAUGCAAUAUUUUCAAUGGUUAUGUAGAUUGUUCAUUCAAAUGUGACUCCUGCAAUGAAAUGUAUUUUUUGUAAUGUCAAGUUGAGUUGAAUCAACAAAUCACAACACAUAUUGAUAGGUACUCUAGGUUGAAGAUAUAUAAUACAUAUAUUUUUACUUCCUACUUUGCUCCUAUGGGCAAAGAUUGUGGAUGAAUGAAGGUGGUUCACUCAGGCCAUUUAUCAUAGAUUCUUUUUUUAUCAGUUCCUGUCUACUUAAGGGGGUGGCUCUCCCAUAGACAUCAAUGCAAUAGCACCUGGGUCUGGUCUACUUAGUUCCUUGACUUGCAUUUAAAACAAAUGUGAAAGUGGGAUUUCUCACUUCCUCUUCCUUCUCUGCUAUGCGUACACUUGCCCCCAGUCCACCCAUUAUGCAAUAAUUGACUUGAAUGGGACACCUGUUCUAUUCAUUCUAUUUAUAUGGCAGCACAUGCAGUCAGGAGCAGAGAAAAUGUGCAUCUAAAAAAUAUAUAUGAUUUUUUUGGCUGUUCUAAUGUUAUUACAGAGACUUAUUUGGCUGGCCAAUUGCCGUCAUUGAAAAUUCCAUGACCGUCACAGCCCUAGUGUACACUCGUCCAUUGUUUUCGUAAGAGCCAGAUGGGGAAGAUUUAUAAAAUGAUGUAUUAUUUUAUAUUUUAGAAAUUAGUAUAAAUUAUAUUUUCUAUAAUUUAAAUGAUAUUCUGAUUUCAUCUCUUCAGUUUGUGCUGGAAAGGGAACGUUUAACAAUGAAGAGAAAAAAAAUACUAAAUCUGGAUUUUUCUUUGGUGGUCUCUGAGGAGAAAUAUUUUGCUAGCUAAGCCAGCCAUGGUUAGGCCCUCAGAAACUAGACAUCUGCCAUUCAACAGUGACAGGGAAAUCAACUAAUCACAUUUUGACUGGGUAGGACCGUUUUUACAGUAUUGUUUUAAACUUCCGCUUUCUCAAAGGCCUAGGACACUUCACUCCUGAUAGUAUGAGCAGUAGCCUGGUUUUCCCACGGUCUAGCCAGCUUUUGUUGCCGUGUGCAGUGGCUGCAGCCACAAGUUAUCGAGGAGGAUGUUUUUUCUGAGUUAACAUCACCCUUCAAUAAUUUUUUUUUAACAAGAAGUUAAGUUUCACAUUUUCAUAGUUUGUUGAGUGUCACUUUUUUUUGCAGCUCGCGUGUUGUUAGCUAUCACUUUGAAAAUAUGCGUGUGAAACAUUGUUGCAUUUCAACUUUAGAUCACUGGUUACUUUGUGUUAAAUAUUUCUAAAAAAUAUAUUUUGAAUUUCGCGCCCUGCACUUGAAGUGGCUGUUGUCAUAUUGUGGCCGGCUUCGGGCUUGCAGCCAUAAGAAGUUAACGUGAUAAAAUGUUUGCAAUGGGAAGUAAUAGUUGUACAUUUUAAUGGUUGUGUUUUUGGUUAUGAUUGGCGGCCUACUGACACCUUUUGAUGUGUCACUUAUCGCUAGGCUAUUGCUGAUAGUGAUGCUGUUAGGCUACCAUAGAUUGUUUAAACUGUUGUUGUUGGUUGCAUUAUUCCGUGCCGGACGUGACAGCCUGAUGUGUGGCUCAGGUCUGUUUGAUUAAUUAAUGACGUCAUCAAAAGCCAUUGCUACUCUUGCAUUAGAGCUAGUGUAAAUUAAGUGUAAAUGUUAACUUUUCGGGGGGGGGGGGGAGAUGUUUUAACCCCAAUAAAGUCCAAUAGUCCCAGUUCGUAGCACUACUUUAAAAUGGAUCCCAAGGGUCCCCUCAUGUGGCCACAGAGGCACCGGGUGUUGGGUGAAUCUGUUCUGGUCCGAGGUUGAAUGCGAGUAGUGAUUGUUAGGAGAGAAGCGUCUCAAUUCAUUGGCAUUGGCACAGUAUGUUAUCUGCCUUUUUAACUGUGUAUUCACUAGGAAGCAAAUGGCCGAAGUGGGGAGGGACUAACCAGACUUGUCCAAUAAGAAUCGCUAAUUUUCGUAAACAUUCGCAGCUGUGUUUUAUACGUUUUCUAUCCCUAGUUCGGAUCGCAGUACAUUGUGUCUCACACUCCUUUCCAGAUAUAAGCUUCUUUGUCUGCUCUUUUUAAUGUUGAUCCUGUCCAUACUGGGUAGUAUGUUAAAGGUAUGUUAGGUCAAACCAUGUUUCUAUAUAUUUGUCUUCUACUCCUGGGUCAAAUACAUGUGUCAAAUACUUUAGGUGUGUUUCAUUUCGUUUUCCCCAUACAAUGGAACCAAUAGAAUUUGUUCCAAAAGUCCAAACUCCAAGCUAAAUCAAGCCCAUCUCAAACUGGUAAGUAUUUGACAUAUGAAUUUGACUGAGGUCUGUUGGUUUAACUCUUAAGCCUAAACCUCAAGAAUGGAUUGAGUAAUGGAUUUUAAGAGUGUCUUUAUGAGGUAGAAAAGGCCUGCUUUUCCACAGGUAUUGUUCUAGCUUCACCCCCAGAGAUGAUCACAUUGGCUAGUGAUGCUGUAAAAAGUUAUGUUUAUUAUUAUUUCUGUUGUCAAAUAUGUUUUAUAUAUUGCUCGGCAGACUUCACUGCACAGUGCCUUUUCUAUUUUUCUAUGUCGAGAGGAGUUGAAAUAGGAGCCAUUAUUUGUACAAAACUGCUUUUAUAACAUUUGAUUUCAUUUUUAUUGAUUAAAAAUUGUUUAAUAAACCAUUUUAUUUAACCAUA